CCCGUGGGGCCGUGAGGGCGGCGGGCCGCCGGGCAUGGCGGCGGCAGGCGGCGGGGAGCGGGCGGCAGGUGUGGCAUGGCAGGGAUGAGGAGCCGGCAGCGGAUGUUUGCAGCGGUGAUGCGCCUGCUCCUCAAGUGCCUGCGGCUGGGCCGGCGGCGGCGGUUUAAGCUGGUGCGGCAGGCGGAGCAGCUGUGGCACUACGGGCACCUCUGCCUCCGCUCCCUGCUCUACAACUCCUUCACCAACGGCGACGUGGUGCUUGACUCCCUCUUCGAGCCCAUCUACUGGCUGGUGGACCAUGUCACCCGGUGGUUCGGUGUGGUGUUUGUGGCACUGGUGAUUGGGCUGACGAGCUCCAUUGUGGCCAUCGUGUACAUCUGCUUGCUGCCCCUCAUCCUGCAGACCUACACACCUGCCUGGAUCUGCUGGCACCUCGCCUACGGACACUGGAACCUUAUCAUGAUCGUCUUCCACUACUACAUGGCCAUCACCACCUCGCCCGGGCACCCACCACAGGCCAAGGACGAUCUCACCGGCGUCUCCAUCUGCAGGAAAUGCAUUGCCCCCAAGCCAGCUCGCACCCACCACUGCAGCAUCUGCAACAGACGUACUACCAGACCCCGCCACCCACCUUCUCCUUCCGCCAGCGAGCUUUCCACAAGAGUGUGGUCUACCUCUGGGUCCUUUGCAGCUCAGUUGCUUUGGCCUUGGGUGCUCUCACACUGUGGCACGCUGCCCUCAUCACCCGUGGGGAAACCAGCAUCGAGCGGCACAUCAACAAGAAGGAGAGGCAGAGACUGCAGAAGAAAGGCAAGGUCUUCAGGAACCCCUACAGUUAUGGGAGCUGGGAUAACUGGAAGGUGUUCCUGGGUGUGGACAUGCCAAGGUAAAGCUCCAGGGAAGCCCCUGCUGGGAAGGUGGUGGCUCAGCAGCACACGGGGGUGCUGGGACAUGGGCUCUCCUUGGGCAGCUGGGGCAGAGCAGGACAGCGAGCAUUCCCUGCUGUCUGCUGCUCUGGGCUUUGCAAGGCACAGAGGACCUGGGCGUCAGCUGCCUUGUGGCUCCUCAGCCCUGUCCAGUGGCAAGCUCUGGCCUACCCAGCACCCCUUUGCCAAGAGAGUCCCAGCUGAGGAGCACAGCCAUCAUGGCAGCUCGGGGACAUGGGCUCGCAGCCCUGGCUCAGCUCUGCAGAGCUGAGAAACACCAAGCCUUCAGAUUGUUGCUGUGGCCUUAUCCCUCUCCCCACAGGCACUGGCUCACCCGCGUCCUGCUGCCCUCUCCUCACCUGCCCCACGGGACGGGCCUGAGCUGGGACCUGCCUCCCUGCGUGACCAAGCAGCGUGCACCGCUCCUGGCCAUCUGAGGCCUGGGUGCUGCAGACGUCCCUCCCCGCAGGCAGGGGAGCGCACAGGGGACCCGCUCUGCCACUGCAGCUCCCUUUGGACCAAGUGCCUGGCGGAAGGCGGGUGCUGGCACACAUCGCUGACCAGAGCCAGAGCCACAGGAAACUUCAUUGGACAGUGUCAGUGCCUGGACGCCUGCUCUCUUGGCUCCUUGGUGGCUGCAGGCAGCCCCGGGGGAAAGGUGGCAGAGCUGCUGCUCCCCACUCUAGCUGAAGGUGCUGCCCUCACUAGCACAGGUAUGGGCCAGCACAGGGCCCAGCUCGGCUCUCCGGCAGGGCUGGGCGCAGAUGGCACCACUGCCCCCCAAGCACUCCCCAGGGAGCCUUUUUAAGACCAUCCAAUAAAUUUUUUUUUUUU